CAUACAUCUUCCUCUUCUUCUCUUUUAGCAUAGCAGUAAUGGGAUUCAUAGAAUGCCUUGCCCGUUUCUUUCAAAAUGCAAGGCCUUACAUCGCAGUCAUCUCCCUCCAAUUCGGCUAUGCCGGGAUGAACAUCAUCUCCGUCGUCUCCCUCAACCGUGGUAUGAGCCAUUACGUCCUCGUCGUCUACCGCCACGCCUUUGCCACUGCUGUCAUGGCUCCUUUUGCACUCGUUCUCGAGAGGAAAGUAAGACCCAAGAUUACGUGGAAGAUUUUCAUUCAGAUGUUUGUUCUCGCUCUUCUUGGGCCACUGAUCGAUCAGAAUUUCUACUACGUCGGGCUGAAAAUGACAUCCCCAACGUACUCUUGCGCCAUAAGCAACAUGCUUCCUUCGAUGACAUUCAUCAUGGCAGUCCUUUGCAGGAUGGAGAAGCUGGACUUGAGGAAAGUGAGAUGCCAAGCCAAGUUGUUUGGAACAAUAGUGACGGUGAUGGGAGCCAUGUUGAUGACAUUUUACAAAGGAAGUGUCAUCAACUUCUUCUGGACCGAGCAAGCCCGCCACCCGAACUCGCAGCCAACGGCGGAUGCGGCUGCGCUCAACCACCACGACGACGGAGAGUUCAUCAAAGGCUCAAUUUUGCUCAUCAUUGCCACUCUAGCUUGGGCGGGGUUCUUCAUUCUCCAAGUCAUAACCUUGAGAAAAUACACCGCCCAUCUUUCUCUCACCACCAUGGUUUGCUUUUUGGGAACCCUUCAGGCCAUUGUUGUCACCCUCGCUAUGGAACACCGCCCCUCCGCCUGGGCCAUCGGCUGGGACAUGAACCUUCUCGCCGCCGCAUAUGCGGGCGUUGUGGCAUCUGGGUUGGCGUAUUAUGUGCAAGGCUUGGUUAUGAAGACAAGAGGGCCAGUUUUUGUUACAGCUUUUAGCCCUUUGUUGAUGGUGAUUGUUGCUUUCAUGGGCUCUCUCAUCUUGGCUGAGAAGAUUUACGUUGGAGGGAUAAUUGGAGCAGUGGUGAUUGUAAUGGGGCUGUACUCAGUUUUGUGGGGGAAGUACAAGGAAGGCAAAGAGAAGGAAGUGGGAGAGGGUGUUGAAGAAGCAGUGAAAGGCGGUGAAUUGCCUGUAAUAAAUGAAGGCAUUAUUCAAAAGAACUACGAGGGUUUGGCCAUUAGUAUGCCUGCACCUGUCAUGGUCAAGAAGCUUCAAGCCGCUAACGAAGAAUAACUGAGGAAUGGACAGGGAAAAUGGAGGAGGAGAGGAAGAGAACCGAUUCG